GAUAAUGCCUGGUACAUAGUAGUUGCUCAAUAAAUGCAACUGUUGGAGAAUGAGAAAGUCCACAGUAGUAUCUUGGAGAUUAACGUGGAGAAUGGAGGAUCCUUCUGGAGAAUGGGAUGGUUGGUCCUGAGGAAUUGUGGGGAUGUGGGGCAUGGGGUGGAGGGAAAGGCUGGAUCCAAAACCCACAUAAAACUCACAGUUACAGGGUGGGGCCUGCAGAUGUCCUCCAGGGGCCGCCAGCUUACAGAGCUGUGGAGAGGCAGGCGAGGGGGGAGGAACGGGGGAGAGAUUUGACUGCUAGUAACCUCUCAGCUGCCGCAGUAAGAGAAGCCUUGAGGUGGCAGCUGCACCAGCAGCCUCAGCAGCCUCCCCUCCCAUCCAUCUCUGCCAUGUGACAGGUGGGAACUUAAAAGCUCAGGUCACGUGUCUUGGCUAGCUAACCUACUUACCCCUUGAAGACAUAGAGGCUAGGGUUGGCCGGGGCCAAGAGGAAUUGCCCAAGAAAGGGGCAGAGCAGGGGAAAGCCCCAGACUUGCUCUUGGGAAUCUACGUUUGAAGGUUUGUGGGGCAAAGGAGAGAAUGCACAGGUGUAUGAGAAGAUGUCAAAGGCAGUGUGUGCUUGCCUUGGCACACAGGUGCCUCCAGGAUCACGCGUGUGCCUGUCUUGAAGGCCCGAAUCUGGCUGGGUGAAUAAAGAUUUCCACAGUUGAGCAGCCACUAUAACCUUGGAGCUGCCUGCAAGCUCUCCCAAAGUUGCUAUCCUCUGUCCCUUCUUAACUCAUGCCCCUUGUCCCUUCUUAAAUAAUGCCCUCACUCUUAGAGAGGGAAAGUGUGAAUGUGGAGGGCAGAGGAUGUUUUGACGUCCGAAGACACUUGCUUUUUUGAAAGCCUUUGUACCUAGUUUGGAAAUUUGUGGUAGGAGGCCUGAGCUCAAGGGGUAGAACUGAGGGAAAUUGUUGGGUGUGUGUGUUCAGACAGAAUGACAGCUUCACAAUCCCUUGAGAGUGACGGAAUCUGAGCCCCACUCCCCCCCACACACAUACCAUUGUCUUGUCUGUCUUCCAGGGGGCCUGUCCCCACUGAGUGACUCCAGCUCUCCUUUCUUCGGCGCAGCCAAGUCAGCGGUUCCCCGCCAACCCCCAGUCCUGGGGCCACAACUGCACGUCCUCAGGCCCCCGCCCCACGGCCGCUGCUCUUGUCUUUGCCAUCCUUGCUCCCCGCCGGCUACGGGGCGGCGCGGGCCCUUUAAGAGCAGCAGGACCCGCUAGCAGUCGCUUGGAGAAGAGCGCAGUCGCCCGGCGGCUCGGAGGACACCUCGCCGGGACCGGCUCAGGGAACCGGGUGUGCCAAGCCAAGAGGAGUCGAGGCGCGACCUCAACCAACCCCUCCCCAACCGAGCCAUCUCCUGUGACAGGAGGCUCGCCUCUCCUCGUCUCGUCCUGUCCUGGCCCCGCCCCGGCCCGGGCCACCGGGACGGGAGCCGGGACCGGGACCGAGUGCCGCAGCCCGAGGCAGGCGGGCGGCGCGAUGGCGGAGAAGGCGCUGGAGGCCGUGGGCUGUGGACUGGGGCCGGGGGCUGUGGCCAUGGCUGUGGUGCUGGAGGACGGGGCGGAGCCCCCUGUGCUGACCACGCACCUGAAGAAGGUGGAGAACCACAUCACUGAAGCCCAGCGCUUCUCCCACCUACCUAAGCGCUCAUCCGUGGACAUCGAGUUCGUGGAGCUGUCCUAUUCUGUGCGGGAGGGGCCCUGCUGGCGCAAAAGGGAUGAGGGACCUGGAGCUCAGAGGGGUUAAGCAACUUGCCCGAGGUCACACAGCUGGUUAUAAGACCCUUCUCAAGUGCCUCUCAGGUAAAUUCCGCCGCCGGGAGCUGAUUGGCAUCAUGGGCCCCUCAGGGGCUGGCAAGUCCACGUUCAUGAACAUCUUAGCAGGAUACAGAGAGUCUGGAAUGAAGGGACAGAUCCUGGUCAACGGGCGGCCAAGAGACCUAAGGACCUUCCGCAAGAUGUCCUGCUACAUCAUGCAGGAUGACAUGCUGCUGCCACACCUCACAGUGUUGGAAGCCAUGAUGGUCUCUGCUAACCUGAAGCUGAGCGAGAAGCAAGAGGUGAAGAAGGAGCUGGUGACAGAGAUCCUGACAGCACUGGGCCUGAUGUCCUGCUCCCACACGAGGACAGCCCUGCUCUCUGGCGGACAGAGGAAGCGCCUGGCCAUCGCCCUGGAGCUGGUCAACAACCCCCCUGUCAUGUUCUUUGAUGAGCCCACCAGCGGUCUGGACAGCGCCUCUUGUUUCCAAGUGGUGUCCCUCAUGAAGUCCCUGGCGCAGGGGGGCCGUACCAUCAUCUGCACCAUCCACCAGCCCAGUGCCAAGCUCUUUGAGAUGUUUGACAAGCUCUACAUCCUGAGCCAGGGUCAGUGCAUCUUCAAAGGCGUGGUCACCAAUCUGAUCCCCUAUCUGAAGGGGCUUGGCUUGCACUGCCCCACCUACCACAACCCAGCUGACUUCAUCAUCGAGGUGGCCUCUGGCGAGUAUGGAGACCUGAACCCCAUGCUGUUUAGGGCUGUGCAGAAUGGGCUGUGCACCAUGGCUGAGAAGAAGAGCAGCCCUGAGAAGAAUGAGGUCCCUGCCCCCUGCCCCUCUUGCCCUCCGGAAGUGGAUCCCAUUGAAAGCCACACCUUUGCCACCAGCACUCUCACACAGUUCUGCAUCCUCUUCAAGAGGACCUUCUUGUCCAUCCUCAGGGACACGGUCCUAACUCACCUGCGGUUCAUGUCCCAUGUGUUGAUCGGCGUGCUCAUCGGUCUCCUCUACCUGCAUAUCGGUGAUGAUGCCAGCAAGGUCUUCAACAACACUGGCUGCCUCUUCUUCUCCAUGCUGUUCCUCAUGUUUGCUGCCCUUAUGCCAACUGUGCUCACCUUCCCCUUAGAGAUGGCAGUCUUCAUGAGGGAGCACCUCAAUUACUGGUACAGCCUCAAAGCGUAUUACCUGGCCAAGACCAUGGCUGAUGUGCCCUUUCAGGUGGUGUGCCCAGUGGUAUACUGCAGCAUCGUGUACUGGAUGACAGGCCAGCCAGCUGAGACCAGCCGCUUCCUGCUCUUCUCAGCCCUGGCCACCGCCACCGCCCUGGUGGCCCAAUCUCUGGGACUGCUGAUUGGAGCUGCCUCUAACUCCCUGCAGGUGGCCACCUUUGUGGGCCCUGUUACCGCCAUCCCUGUCCUCUUGUUCUCCGGCUUCUUUGUCAGCUUCAAGACCAUCCCCACUUACCUACAGUGGAGCUCCUACCUCUCCUAUGUCAGGUAUGGCUUUGAGGGUGUGAUCCUGACGAUCUAUGGCAUGGAGCGGGGAGACCUGACAUGCUUAGAGGAGCGCUGCCCGUUCCGGGAGCCACAGAGCAUCCUCCGAGCGCUGGAUGUGGAGGAUGCUAAGCUCUACCUGGACUUCCUGGUCUUGGGCAUCUUCUUCCUGGCCCUGCGGCUGCUGGUAUACCUUGUGCUCCGUUACCGGGUCAAGUCAGAGAGAUAGACCUUGCCCCUGGCCUGCACCCCAGCCUCCGCAGCAGGAAGCCCCGCCCCCAGCCCUUUGGGACUGUUUUAACCUUGUAGACUUGGGCACUGGUUGCUGGUGUAGCUGCCCUCCCCUCCCUCGGUCCUCCACAGGCUGGCUGAUGGACUGUGCUUCCAGCCUGGGCCCUGGGAGGGGGGACACCAGCCCUCCCCACCUUGUCUAGGAGUCUUCCCAAAUUGAUGCUAUUUGUAGCUUCCUCCCUACUCUCUCCAACACCUGCAUGCAAAGACCACUGGGAGGCUGCCACCCUCCUCGCCCACGGCACCCUCCUCUGUUGUCUGCCUGGGAGCCCCAGGCUCUCCAGGAUCCCACUUACAACUGACCAAAGUGGCCCCCUCUGGGGGUCCCCACCACACAAGUGUUUGUAAACUGGGCUGCUAUAAGGUUGGAGUUCCAGGGCUGGGCCCUGGUGGGGUCCCCUGUAAGUCCCAUUAUGGACACAGGAGUGGAGCAGGGAAGGACUCUGGAAGUCUAUUCCUCCUCCUCUCCUUCUCCCCACCCCCUGACCCUGGCUGAUUUGGACAAUCUGCUGGGACAGAAGCUGGGUUUUCUGUCUGGGUCACCACUCUCAAUCCUGGGGAUUAGAGAGGCCUGGGGCUUUGGGAUGCCCUCUCCCACCUCCCUAUCACCUUUGGUGGGGGGUAGGGCCUGGUGGCACCUCUGCAAUAAUGUCUGUGUUGCUCUCCCACCUGCCAGUGGAUCUGGAGAAUGCACUUUAUUCUGGGGGGGGUGAGUGGGGCAAGACCCAACCCUCCUUUCUUGCUGCUCCUGAUGCUCGGUCCCAUGAUGCUCCCUCCUUCUCUGGAGUGACAGGCACAUACACGCGAACAGGCAAUCUCAGCCCUACAUGCUCGCCAUCUCCUACAGUGCAGAGGAAGAGUGACGGUGUCACGGUGAUAGUGUGGGGGUGCUGUGGGGAGUGCAGUGCCAACCUCCUCCUGGGGAAUCCCACUUUGGAGACUCUAAGGAUGAGGCUGGUGCUGCCCAGGAUGUCUCCAGGAUCUGCAGGUGUCUACCCGUCAGUCUUCCCUCCCUCCCAAGCCAGGGGUGGCACAGGGCACUAGCUCCCUGGAGUUCAGGACCCAACACAAGCACAAGCAUGGGCAUAAGUUGGCCUUGGCCACCACCACCCCACAGCCCUCCUUUUGUGCUCCACACUGGCAUUCUCACUCCCCUACCACUUCCCCAGCAGCUUGCUGCUCAUUCAAAUUCCUGUCCAUGUCCCUCCUCCCCUUCCCAUCAGCAGGUGGCCCCUGGGCAUCAGAGCAGCAUGCCCUGGACACCAGGUGGCAGACACACCCAGAGCAUGUGUGGCCUUCCUGGUGGGUCCAGGCUCAUUCUGCUUCUGAUUUCCCCGCCCCUGGGGCUCUUCUCUCCCUUGAUUCUUAUACACAUCUCUCUGCACCUACCCUCACCCUGCCACAGGGUCUUCCCAUCACACAGAGAUGCCAGUUGUAUUUGUGGGAUUUCACCUGUUAUUAAUAAAACCUAUAUUUAUACAGUA